CAUGGUGUUGAAACUCGUUUUUCUUUCUUUUUUUUGAUUUUUCAUUUGAAUUUUUAUUUAAACAACAAAAUGUUCAUCAAACAACGACGACUACAACAAAUUUCUACAUUCAAUGAAUUGAUACGUGCAUCGAUUGAAUCAUUAUUACCAGUACCGAUUGAAUCGUUUGAUGAUCAAAUCAUACCGACAUUCAUAUUGGGACCAGUAUGGAUUUCUAGCUGUGUUGCUGUCAUGUUUCUUUUAUACGAUAUAAUCAUAUCAUUAUUCAUAAGAAUCGCCAUCAUUUGGAAUCGUAGAUUCUGGCAUGAAGCAAUUGAAAUAUUACGCCAUAAUCAUAUUGGACGUCAACACGUAAUUCAUGGUAGUAGUAGUAGUAGUAGUAAUCAUCACAAUAGUGAUGAAACACAGAAUUCAAUGAAAUUAAAUUCUUCAUCAUCAUCAUUAUUGGCAACAAUAAAUUUACGUGCCAACAUUCUAAAAUUGAUGAAAAAAACGUUGAAAAAAACUGGCCAAAAUCGAUCAAAUUUUGAUUCAACCAUUGUUGGACAUACAUGGCGUACGAUAUUCUUCUUAACAGAUGUUUGUGAUGAUCGUCAUUUGUGUCGUAAAUGUACAAUCGAAACAAUCAAUCCUCAUAAUUAUCAUCAUCAACAACAUUAUUAUGUUAAUAAACAAAGACGUAAUUAUAUCCGGUCAUUAAUAGAUCGAUUUCUUUUAAUUGGCAAUCAUAUUAUCUGUUUAUUGGCCAUUAUUGUCAAUUAUAAUCAAAUAUUAUUCUAUCUAUUAUCAAUAUUCUAUAUAUCAAUGUCCAUACCAUUAACGUGGAUCGAAUUAUUUGUACGCACCAAACCGGAAUUACAAACAAUAUAUCAACGGCAAAAAUUAUGUGGCUACAAACGUCUGAACAGAUUGAAUAACAUUUGCAUAUUGAUCAUAUCGGCCAUCAAUUUUAUAAUGUUUUCCACAUUUUUUAUAUUCUACAUUUCAUAUGAUAAUUUCAUCAGAAAUAUGGCCACCGAAUUGGCUAGCAAUAUCUAUUGAUUUGAUUUUUUUUUUCAUUCCAUUCUGUCAUUUUUGUCAGCCAUCAAAUAGCAAAGAAGAAUUUAAAUAUUUAAAUCGUUUUUUUUAAUAAUAAAAAAUAAAUAAAUACAAUCAA